CAUGUUUGUAAUGUGUACUGUGAAUCCAAGGGACGUAUGCUGGUAUAUAUUGCCGUCGUUUGACUAAGUCGCAAAUCUCUAAGACCUAUUUAUGAGCAGCAUGGCCGCAUCGAAACAUCAGGAAGUGCAACUGGUUGAACCGCAAUUUUCGAAAAUCGUUGAAGGCCUUCGUGGAGCUGAAGGUCCAGUAUUUGACAACCAUGGACAAUUUUUCAUGGUUGCCCCAGAAGUAGAAAAAGAUGGAAAAUAUGCAGGACAAAUUCUAAAAGUUGAUUUGGAAACCGGAAAAACAACCAUAUUAUGUGAACCCUCGGUUGACGGUUUUGGAGGUAUUCCAGCUGGCUGCCAGUGUGACCAUGAGGGGAAUUUAUGGGUUGCAGAUAUGAGGCUUGGCAUCAUCAAAGUCACCCAAAAAGGGGAGAUGACUCAGAUAUGUACCAAAGACAGUGAAGGACGAACUAUGCAAGGAUGCAAUGACUGUGCAUUUGAUUACCAUGGCAACUUGUGGGUGACUGCACCAGCUGGAGAGAUAGCACCACACCCUUAUCGGAGGUCAAAUGAGGAACCAUUUGGUUCUAUCUAUUGUGUGACAAAUCAAGGGGUGGUUGUCAAAAUAGAUACCGGAUUUCUGUUUCCCAACGGCAUUGCUGUCCUGCAUGACGAUGAUGGGUGUCCCAAAACACUGAUUGUGGCAGAGACACCAACGAAACGUCUCUGGGGUUUCGAUAUUGUAGGAAGCGGCAGAGUGGAUAACAAACGAAUCUGGGGACAGUUGUCAGGUGACUUCCGCGGACCAGAUGGUAUAGAUUUCGACAAGCACAACAAUCUGCUCGUGACUUACCAAAGAAGCGGAAGUAUCGAGGUGUUUCCGCCAGGUGGAGGGUGGCCCGUCAAGUCCAUCAGGUGUCCAUUCACAUGUCCAAGCAACCUUCACUUCAGACCAGGCUCCAGGGACGUCUACGUCACUGAACAUCAGUAUGAUGGCUUGUGGAGAUUUGAAUGGGAAUGUGGAGGAAAACCACAGAUGUGCGACCUUGACAAUGCUUGAACAAAGACAUCGGCAGCCCAGCCCCCUUCCAAACUCUGAAGAUAUGCAUGCUCUCUCUCUCUCUCUCUCUCUCUCUCUCUCUCUCUCUCUCUCUCUCUCUCUCUCUCUCUCUCUCUCUCUCUCUCUCUCUCUCUCUCUGAAGGAGUAUAAAUAUAUUACCCCACCCUCAGGUUGUGGCAUCUUCCAACGUCUAUGCUUAAUGUUGGGAUUUAUUGAUUAUACCACAACUUAAACACAUCGGACGUCAGGCUGCUAAACUCUGAUGAUUAUGCAUUGCCUACCCCCCCCCCCCCCCCCAACCUGGCUGAAAGCAAAAUUAAAAUAUAACACCCACUCCCAGGUUGUUGGAACCUUAUUUGUUAAUUAGUUGAGUUUUCUUGUCGAUGAGCACAUGUGAUUUUUAACUGAUUCAACAAAUCAAUUUAAUUCCUAUUUUAGGAUUUUAGGUCUUAGUAGAUCUAACAAAAACCGAUGUCAGUACAAGUUCAGGUAACCUUUUAUUUGACCAGUUAAAACACCACAUUCAGAAUAACCUCGCAAUAACGGGUCACCUGAACACAAAGUUCGCCUAAAAAUGUGUACUGAGAAUGUCUAAAUCCAAUGUUCAAAGUGAACAAAUAAUCGGGAUCCAGUAUUUAGAAUCCGAAAUAUUUUAUACCUUGAACAUAUUAUAACCGUGACUGUUAUCUUCCUUGGUUAUUAUUUUGCUGUAGAACUACUUUGGGGAAUGCAGUCUGGGAGCAAUGAGGUCCAGCCUAAAUACAAAAAUGAAAGAGAGAUGAGCCGAGUUCCGAAGUGUUUAUUCCUGGUCAGUCAAGUGCGUUGUAUUUUACAUAGAAUACAUCUUGCAACAAUAUAAGAUGUGUACAUAAAAUCGAUUCAUACAUAUAUAUUAGAAAACGUAUUAAAACGUUUAAACAGUUAGGCAACUACAUUACGUGAAAUAAUGAUUAAACCAAAUGGCUUGUAUAACAAUGUAGAGGUAAAUAACUGUGUUUGUUGACUUCGUUUCUAAGUAUAAAAUACUGUUCAUUAUGAGAACAUUACAUAUAGUAACUACGGUAAUAUAUUAAUUAUGCAUAAUGGCUGUAUACACAGGUAACAGUAAAUAACUGUAUUAGUUAAAUUGUGUAUAUAUUGUUUCCAUGCAUAUUGCGUUUACUCCCGAAUGUACAUGUUAGUGACUAACGAUUUGUAAUAAUGAUCAAUAAAGUACAUAUUGCGCGUGUUCCUGUGGCGCCAACGACAUGUAAUAAAUAGCAUUUUACGGGAGUUACUGUGGCGCUAAUUACAUGUAGUACUGAUAUAUAAAUUAAUCAUCGCAGUAGCGUACUAUAUAUAUCUUGUGUGUCGAACGUGUUUACCUUUUUGGUAUUUGACAUUAUUUACACUUAUAUAAUUUCGCCUACAUUGAUCAGCUAGUUAGGUACAUGCACGUAAUACAUAUAAUAAACAGACAUUCACAUUUCUACCAAAUAUGUCAUUUAACAUUAUUCAUAUGUGCAUUAAAUAUAUCCGAAUGUAUAGAUUCAUGUAGAUAGCAAAUGUACAUAAUAACAUUGUAUGCAAUUAGGAUGGCCCACAGAUAUAUUGUAUAGUAGAUACCGGUAUGCACUAAGGUAAUCAAUACAUGUAAUAAACAUUUUAUAACAAACAUAGUUUAAAGGUACUUACCUAAAUACAAAAAUGAAAGAGAGAUGAGCCGAGUUCCGAAGUGUUUAUUCCUGGUCAGUCAAGUGUGUUGUAACUGGACACUGGUCUGUGCGUUAUUUUAUAGCACUCGGCUCAUAUCGUUACGUAUUAAUGUAUUUAGGUAUUUUAAUUAUUGUCAAGAUUAUUGCCGUAAUCAAUUUACUCUGGAUAAGACAUCUUUUGUCUACAGCGGUCCUUAAUCGGCGCAUACCCAUUAAUUGGAGCCGGCUCAUAUCGUUACGUAUUGAUAUACUUAGGUAUUUUAUUUAUUGUCAGGAUUAUUGCCGUAAUCAAUCUACUCGGCCCAAGACAUCUUUUGUCUCUUGCGCCGCCAGUCUGAAGGCACCUGUUAAUUGCAGUCGAACUGUCACAAUUUUAAAUAAUUAUAUGUCUGUUGUUAGAUUGGAUGGAUUGUAACUUGACGACUUUGGCGAUUAUAACUUACGUUGCUAGAGUUAAAUAUAUUUUAUUUUAAUCCGCUUAUGGCAUGUCCAAGCGAGGCGUUUCCCCCCCCUAUGACAAUAUCAUCGCUUACAUUGGCUGAUGUCAACUCUAUUAAUGGAAACCCAAUUUACAUUGGAUCCGAAAUAUUUUAUACAUUGACUACAUCAUCGCUUACAUUGGCUUAUGUCAGCUCUAUUAAUAGAAACCAAUUUACAUUGGAUCCGAUAUAUUUGAUACAUUGACGAUAUCAUCGCUUACAUUGGCUUAUAUGAGCUCUAUUAAUGGAAAUCAAGUUGCAUUAGAUCCCGGACAUAUCAUUGCUUACAGAAUAUUUUAUACUUUGGUGCUCUUAAGUAAACAUUUGUAUAUACAUUACUGUUUCUGUAUCUGUAUAUGUUUUUCUAGAUGCAAUCAAACCUGCCUUAAGCGGACACUCAUGAUGUAGGCAAAAAUGUGUUUCAAUGUUUACUGUAUGUACUGGUAUAUAAAUGAAUGUGUGCUCUUAUAGUAUAGUGUAAAUCAACUUUCUACUAUAUACACUUUUACCUAUUGCUUGACAUGGUGAAUAAUGGUUGAAAUGUAGACGGUGUCAUCAGAAGGCAACGGUAUUUUAACCCUCUUAGAAUAUUCAUACAUUUAUGUACAGUAGAACAUGAAUGAAUAAAUGUUUAAACGACCACCCAGUACAAAGGGAAAUCGGCAUUUAUAUGUCAACGGUGUAUAAAACAAUGAAAGCGAUAUAUUUUGCGAUCAAAACACAGUGUAUGGAACUGUGGUACAUUUUAUUCAGACAAACUCUACAUUGAACAGCAUACAAUAUAUAUUUCCCUUAUUGACAAAUAUCAACCCAUGCAAAGGGAGAAGACAUGGGUUGUUACAGUAAUUUUAUAUAUAAUUAUACACAUAUAAUGUAGUUACUACUUUAUAGGCAGACUUAAUUAAAAUCAGGGCAUAAACUUUGGCACGAACGAUUUGCACGAACGGUUAUGCAAAACCAAUAUCGCCCGUCGUUCGUGUGUGCAAAAACUAUAAUCGCUCGUCAGAAAAUGUAAACUGACGUGUUUUGGCUAAUAUAACUAUUUGUGGAAUAAAAUAAUAACAGAACAGGCCUAGCAUUGCAUGUGCAAUCUGGAUCGGAACGUUUAUUUGGGGAAUCCCCUUUUCGUUAUUAUUUUUUUUUUUUUUACAUCAUAUCGGGUUUUGAUUUACAAAUGACGUCACGACUUAUUACAGCCAUGGUAAAUUCAACAUUGGUGUAAAGUGUUUAAAAAACAAAGGAUUUAAAUCUUUAAAUCACUUAUUAAAAUCAAUUCUCAAACACAAUCCACCUAUCAAUAUUUGCAUUAAACUAUUCAAUACAUCAAUUAAACCAGUGUUGUUAUAUGGGAGUGAAAUUUGGGGACCACAAGUUCGUAACACAAAUUAUUUUACUCUUGAUGUAGAAAAAGUACACAUAAAAUUCUGUAAAUGGAUUUUGGGGUCAAUAAAUAUAGCAGUAAUGCUGCAGCAUUAGCAGAAUUAGGAAGAUUGCCAAUGACGUAUGAUAUAAUUAUUAAUGCCUUUAAAUAUGUAUUACAUAUCCAGACUUCAAACAACCCACUGUUAACUGCUGCGUUUAUUGAUAGCUCAAAGUCAGCUCAGAACAACAAACCGCCGUGGGUAGCUAAACUUAUUAAUGCUGCAAACCUAAUUGGAAUUCCUACGCAUCUAUCUUCAACUCCAGAAUUACCGACUGCAUGCACUUUAGGUGAAAUCGUAAUUAAAUGCGAGCAGUACUUUUUGCAGUAUAUUAUGACACAGCUAACAUCAAACAAAAAUUCCAACAAAUAUGGUAAUAAAAUGCGCACAUAUGACAUUCAAACAAAUUUCGAGUUCAUUUGAGUCCUAUUUAUUACAUACCAAAGACUAUGAAAGCAGAAAAGCUUUUAGUAGGCUUCGUUUGAGUUCACAUUCACUUAUGAUUGAAAAGGGAAGAUACAAGAAACCACCUGUCCCUGCGAAUGAGAGAUAUUGUCCCAACUGUCCCCUAGAAGUUGAAGACGAAUAUCAUUUCAUUAUGACGUGCCCUAUAUAUAAUGCUUUUAGAAAUGAUUUACAUCAUAAAAUAAUAAAACAAGAAUCACAUUUUUCUUUUUUGACUAAUAAUGAAAAAUUCUUAUUUCUUACAUGCAACAAUAUUCCGGAAUUAUGCCCUAUCAUUUGCAAUUUUGUAAAGAGAUGCUUUAAGUUGCGUGAAAGCAUAUGAGUUGGAAGUAAUUUCAAAUUGUUUGCAUUUCACGUCUGUAUAAACUAAUGGAGAAUGUACGAGGGUGUGUGGAUUCGUGAAAAAUAAUUCAUGAACGCCAUAGUUGAUGGUUUUUUAUGGCUCUACACUUCUGACAAUAUUUGCUUUUACCUAAAUAUUAAUACCACUAGUAAUAAGGCUUAAAUUAUAUAUGUAUUUGUUGAUUCAGAUGUUUGUUCAUGUAAUUAAUGUAUAUUUAUGUUACUGUUACUGCAGAUAAAUGUAUAUUAUAUUGUUAUUUUUGCUCUGCCCAU